AUGGAUAAAGAAAUAGAAAAGAAAAUCAAGGAAGAAUUGGAAGGAAAAUAUACCUGCAGAAAAUGCUCGGAAAAAUUAAAAUUAUUGAUUUUACCAUUUUUAGGAGCGAUGGUGAUACUAAGGGAAGCGAGCUUAAAAAGUGAUGUGCUGAAGUAUAGGAUACAGAGACUUACGGAAGGGUUUACGAUCAAAAAAGGGAUGCUUUAUGGAGUACCGAUUGUGGCAUUUUCAGGGUAUUUUUGAUGGAAUGAGCUGAAGUAA